AUGCUCUUUGGCGUGAAACUUGCCAACCAGAUCUACCCGCCAUGGAAAGACUCGUAUAUGGAUUAUGAGAAGUUGAAGAAGCUCUUGAAGGAAUCCGUGAUAGGGCAGGCCGACAUUACCGGCAGGAAGUCUAAUCGCCGAAAUGAUACGUGGUCCGAAAAGGACGAGUCGGAGUUUGUUUCCGCUUUGGAUGCCGAAUUAGAAAAAGUUUAUGGUUUUCAGAGCUCUAAGUAUAACUCGAUUAUGGAAAAACUUGUCAAUUUGGAGCACCAGACCGAUGAUGAAGAAGCGAUCAAAACUCUUGAUUUCAAAGGGUUUCAACAUGUUUUGGAGGGUUCUUUGAGCGAGGCUCAGGAGCUUGAUAAUUUCUGCAGAGUCAAUUACACAGGUUUUAUCAAAAUCGUCAAGAAGCACGACAAACUGCAUCCCAAAUAUCCCUCUGUUAAGUCCCUUUUACAGGUUAGGUUGAAAGAGCUCCCUUUUAAUUCUGAAGAAUACUCACCAUUGCUGUACAAAAUCUCAUUUCUUUACAACAUUUUGAGAACAAACUCCCCUACUGUAUCCUCGUCUCUAGCAAACUCUACUAAGCUAUCCAGCGUCAACAAUCACGAGGAAAGUUCGUUUCAAAGUUACACUUUUUGGAUUCACCCUGACAACUUAAUGGAGGUGAAAACGAGAAUUUUGAGACACCUGCCAGUGCUUGUUUACGCAUCCCCACCCAACGAGAACAGUGAUUUGGUUGACCGCCUAGAAUCAUCUGUCAUGAACUCAGACGUGAAUUUCAAUGCUCCUUCUGCUAGCAGUAGUACAUCUGAGGUUUCUUCAGAUGCAAAAAGUUAUGACCCAGUCGUCAGAACGAUAUACUUUGACAAUGAGGCUUUGGAGCUUUACAAUAAUAAGCUAUUGAAGUCGAGCUCCAAUCCUACAUUGAGGUUAAGAUGGUCUGGCAAACUAGCCAACAAACCUGAUAUUUUCUUGGAGAAAAGAACGCUGGUUGAAGAUCGUACAACAGGGUAUACGGAUUUCGAAGAAACGAGGAUCAAGUUAAAGCCUAAAUUUAUAAACGGUUUCAUCUUCAAUGGCGAUCAAGAGUAUAAAGAAAAAAGCUUGAAGAAGCUAAAAGACCGCGGUUCAGCAGAUGCCGAGGCUGACAAACUGAGCAACAAGUUUGACGGUAUUCAACAGUUUGUACUUGAAAAUGAGCUGCAGCCAGUAUUAAGAGCCAUGUAUACAAGGACAGCCUUCCAGAUUCCAGGCGACGACCGUGUGAGAAUUAGUAUCGACUCUGAUCUUAUGUUUAUUAGAGAAGAUUCGUUUGAUGAGAAUAAGCCAAUAAGAGAUCCAAAGAGCUGGCAUAGGGCGGAUAUUGAUGCAAAUAUUCCAAACCCACUCAAAUAUCUGAGGACGGGUGAGUACAGCAAAUUCCCUUAUGCUAUUUUAGACAUUAGGAUCAGAGACCCUAUUACUGAGUCCACCAAGAAAAACAAGGACAAUCUACACGCUCAGCUGCCUGGUAAGCACUCCCAGUGGGUAGAAGAACUUACAAAUUCCCAUCUCGUGAAAGAGGUGGCCAACUUCUCUAAGUAUGCCCAGGGUGUUGCAUCGCUUUUUGGUGAAGAUGAGAGUUUGGAUUUGUUACCUUUUUGGCUGCCAGAUUUGGAGACAGACAUUAGAAAAGAUCCAAAACAAGCCUAUGAAGAAGAAAAGAAAAAGCUUGAAGAACAGAAAGCAAAUCAAGCUCGUGUCGCCAAGCUCAAACGUUUGUCAGUGGUCCAAGGGUCCGAAUCUUUCUCCACAAAAUCUUCCCCAACGGAUGCAUCAAAGUUUGAAUUGCGAGAGCCAGAUUUGGAAGAUCCAGAAUCGUCAUCUGAUGAGGCCACCGAAUCAGCGCCUGGUGCAAGAAGACGGAAACGCAAUGCCAAUUUUCUGGACCUUUUGGUAGGCAGGAACAGCAAACUCGCGAAUGUUGAUUCCGAGGAUGAAGAAGUACUGCUCCCCCCUGGAGUUAAAAAACCAACAUCGUACUUAAAGAAUGCUGGCCCUGUCAAGGUGGAAGCUAAAGUCUGGCUUGCCAAUGAAAGAACUUUCAACAGAUGGUUAUCGCUCACCACUUUAAUGAGCGUCUUGACAUUUUCAAUUUACAAUUCUGUCAGCAGAGCUCAGCAUCCUGACCUGGCUAAGUUUGUUGCUUAUACUUACUUUGGCAUCACUAUUUUCACCGGCUUUUGGUCUUACCACACAUACAACCGAAGAUUAAACGUCAUCCGCGCCAGGAGCGGAAAGCAUUUAGAUGCACCCUUGGGUCCUUUACUAGUUGCUAGUGUGGUUGUUAUCACACUUGUCGUUAAUUUUGUCCUUGCCUUCAAAGAUGCAGCUCAGAAGAGCAGAGGGGGGGUGUCAAGUACUUCCGCAGAAGAGGAUUCUAAGCUACCUGCGCUCGCCGAACUCGUCCGUGGGCUUGUAUUUUCCCUCGUGAGUUCUCAAGACUCUUGA